CGCAUCCUUUAACUCUUUAAACAUCUUAGCUUAGUAAUAUAAAUAUGUUGGUUGUCAAAACAAAUCACUUCAAAGUCAAUUGUAACGACGCCAAUAAUAUUAAAAUCCCUAUCAUUAUCUUUCAUUUAUUUUUUCAUAUUCCUACAACUCUCUGAAAUUAUUCACGCCAUGUCAUUUCCCGGCGACUUACGUCACACAAUCAGAGAUGAUCCUAGGGUUCCACUUCUCAACCUCUCCGCCGUCCAAACCCGAAUGGAUUCCCUCCAGAAAUUUCUCUCAGAUUCGGUAAACUCCAAUACUUUACUUGGUCAACAACAGAUGAACAUGGUUUCCGAUGAAAUCACCUCCGCAAUCCAUCAGAUUAUUGUCAACGGCGCCGCUCUACUCUCCUCUACCCAAUUAACAGAUCCUACGCCGCCGUCGGAAUCGAAAAUCAAUCUGAAAUCGAAUCACAAGAGAACGUUUCCGGAAUUUGAUCGGAGUGAUUUUGAGUCGAAGGUGGAGGUUUUAGACGAAGAAGAAGAAAACGGCGGCGGCGGCGAUUGGGAGAUUAUUGAGCUGGAUGCGGUGGAGCUAUUGGCGGAGCAUAUCCACUUUUGUGAUUUCUGCGGAAAAGGAUUCAAACGAGAUGCGAAUUUGCGGAUGCAUAUGAGAGCUCAUGGAAAUCAGUACAAAACACCAGAAGCAUUAGCAAAACCCGAUAAAUGCAUCGAAUCAUCGAUUUCGAAUAAGAGAAGAAGGUUUUCAUGCCCUUUCAUCGGUUGUACUCGCAACAAAACGCACAACAAAUUUCGACCAUUGAAAUCUGCGAUUUGCGUUAAGAAUCACUUCAAGAGAAGUCAUUGUCCCAAGAUGUACUCAUGUACCCGUUGCAAUAAGAAGAGUUUCUCCGUCCUUGCAGAUUUGAAAAGCCAUUUGAAACACUGUGGAGAGACAAAAUGGAAGUGUUCUUGUGGGACGAGCUUUUCCAGAAAGGACAAAUUGUUUGGUCACAUGGCGUUGUUCGAGGGCCACAUGCCGGCGAUUGAAGCUGCGCCGGCGCCGGCGUUUGAAAAUGAGGAUGAUGUGAGAAUGGAUAUCAAAACCGGGUCGGGUAAUGGAUUGUUGGAUAUUAGAACCGGGUCGGAUAAUGGCUUUUUGGAUAGGUUAAUGCUUGAUGAGUUUGAAUCUAUUGACAGUUAUUGCUUCCAAGAUUUACUCGGAUCUUCUUCUCCAAAUGGUUUAAAUACAGUUUCAGAUACUACUGGAUGGUUCGUUUAGCUUUUAACUACGGAGAUAAUUGAUGUUGUGCCUAUAUAUGUACUAAUUUGUUGUUUCAGAGUACAUAUUUGGUAUUCUUCUAUCUAAUAAAAGAGAAAUGAUAUUUUGA